AUGACGCUCGCAGAACUCGGGGUCCUCCCGGGCAUUAGCCUUCCGUUCAAUGCUGAUGUUCAAGUUGCUCUUUUUCUCGUUGGUUACGUCGCCUUCCUUGCCCUUGUUCUAUACCUUGGCUUCCGCUGGGACAAGCCCGGUAGGAAGAAGCCCACCCGUCCACCAAACGCCAUCGAAGCCUACCUCCGUUUCAUCUGGGGUUGUUUCUUCAAGCCGCACACCGGUGACGGCAACGGCAGCCAGCAAGAUGCUCUGGAAAGCUUCUACAAGCAACAGGCCUCCGUCUACGACGCCACCCGCGUCAAGCUCCUCCACGGCCGCACAGACAUGCUGGGUCUAGUCGCUGCCCAGUUGCAGCACAAGGUUAAUGCUGGGCUCUACCCACGCAAGCCCAUCUGGGUUGAUGUCGGUGGUGGCACGGGCUGGAACAUUGAGCAGAUGGCAAGAUUCGUUGAUGUGCCUGACUUCUUCCGCUCCGUAUACCUAGUCGACUUCUCUCCGUCCCUCUGCGACAUCGCUCGAGCACGCUUCGCGCACCUUGGCUGGACCAACGUCAAGGUCAUCUGCCAAGAUGCCCGCACCUUCCGCCUUGCCGACCACGAGCCGGCCCAUGAGGCAGCUCUCGUUCCCUUGAGCCAGCAUGAAUACAUCCCAGGGCCCAGGUCGAACACGAUGGGUGCGGAGCUCGUGACCAUGAGCUACGCCCUGUCCAUGAUCCCCGAGUUCUACCCCGUCAUCGACUCUCUCUCCUCUCUGCUAUCUUCCAACGGUAUAAUUGGCGUCGUUGAUUUCUAUGUUCAGAACAAAGUGGAUUUCCAGAGCAGGAACUACGUCGGAGGCGUCAUAGACAGGCACUGCAUGUGGCUCUCUCGUGUGUUCUGGAGAACGUGGUUCGAGACCGAUAGAGUCAACCUUGAGCCAGCAAGAAGGGACUACCUCGAGUACAAGUUCGGUACCGUCCUUAACGUCAACGCCCGCAACCACUUCCUCGGCGUGCGCAUCCCCUACUACGUCUGGGUGGGCUGCUCCAAGGAGAGUGGCUCCUCUCACACCAAACUUGCCGAGGUCGACGCCGCCGCCACCGAGUCCCCCUUCCUGUCUGCUAUUGAUCUCCAGAGCAGGACCUCUGGUCGCCGCGAUAGCGGUGUGGAGCUCCGCAGUAAGGCCUACGAAUCAGCCGUCAUCAACCUCGCCGCCAGCCUGCCCCUCCCAUCCAGCUGGUACCAGAACCACCACUGGCGCAUCUUCUACGACGACCAGCUGCAAAAGCACCGCCAGUUCAAAAAUGAAUAUAUCUAUGCCUUCACAUGGGAAGACAGCCGUGUCGAUGCUCGUCUCCUGCAGGUCAACUCAAACGAUGUUAUACUGGCCAUCACCAGUGCUGGCGACAACAUCCUGUCAUUUGCCCUGGAGAAGCCGAAACGCAUCCACGCUGUCGAUCUGAACCCCAACCAAAACCACCUUCUUGAGCUGAAGGUGGCCGCUUUCACUGCUCUAGGCUAUGAAGACGUAUGGAAGCUGUUCGGUGAGGGCAAGCAUGAGUCUUUCCGCGAGCUGCUCAUCAGCAAGCUCUCACCGCACCUUUCCAGCCUUGCCUUCCAGUUCUGGCUGCAGCACGGGGAGCAGACAUUCUCGCCUUCUGGAAAAGGCCUGUACUCAACCGGAGGCUCGGGUUUCGCGCUUGCAUGGGUUGGACAUUUGCUGCGCUUCAUGGGUCUCGAGCAAGAAGUCGAAAAGCUGUGCGCCGCAGAGACGCUGAACGAGCAGCGGGAGAUCUGGCAGCGUAGUAUCCGGAAGGUGUUGCUCAGCAAACUCCUCGCGUGGACGGUCGUCGCCAACGAGAAGUGGUUGUGGAAGGCGCUGGGUGUGCCGCCCAACCAGCGGAACAUGAUCGAGGAGGACUAUGCCAAGCUGAACCGCGAGGAGCAGCCUUCUUCCCAGCAGCGGCAGCAAGGAAGCCAUACCGGUGGCUCCCUUGCCAGUGGCCUCAUGUCCGGCCAUGCCAUCUGGCAGUACGCGGUGGACACGCUCGAUCCGGUCGUCAACAACACCCUGCUCAGCAACGACAACCACUACUAUAUGGUCUGCCUCAAGGGCCACUACACCCGCCGCUCGCACCCUGAUUACCUCACGCCCAAGGCCCACAUGAAGCUCUCCAAGAAGUCGUCUUCGUCGUCGUCGUCUUCCACGCCACCGUCCCCGUCCCCACUCUCUUCCCCCUUCACCUCCCCAGCAAGCUCGCCCCGUCCCGAUCACCACCACAACUCCCCCUUAUUCGCACCGUCAUCCCCUUCUCCUGCUCACACCACCACCGCCGGCGCCGCCUUCUCCGGCCUCCGCAUCCACACAGACGAACUCAACGAAGUCCUCUCCCGCAUGGCCCCCGCGACCCUCACCAUCGCCGUCAUCAUGGACAGCAUGGACUGGUUCGACCCGGACCCCACCACCACAACAGAAAAAACGACAAAAACAAAAACAAACCCCGCCACGCCCCCUCCACCGCCAUCGCCAUCCCCAUCAUCCCCAGCAACGACCCAGAUCCGCGCGCUCAACCGCGCCCUCUGCGCGCGGGGGCGCGUGCUCCUGCGCUCCGCGGCGCUGCGGCCGUGGUACGUCGACGUCUUUGAGCGCGAGGGCUUCGCGGCGCGGCGCGUGGGGGCGCGUGACGGCGGCGGGCGGGCACGCGGCGGGUGCGUCGACCGGGUCAACAUGUAUGCGAGUGCGUGGGUGUGCGUCAAGGUGGCGGAUGUUGUGGCGGAUUGUGGGAGUAGCGGCAGCGGCGGCAGCAGCAGGGGGGUGGUGGGGACGAGUAUGCUGAGGGAGGAGGAGGAGGAGUCUGGGGCUCGGAAGGGUGGUGGGGGUGAUGUUGAUGGGUUGGGGAGGCCCAUGGAGAGGUUGGAUAUUUGA